AUGGAAACCAAUACAUUUAUAAUAAUAGAUGAUCUCAGGGUGGGUGAGACUAUACGGGAAGAAUUCAAGAAAGAGAAGAUAUUAAUCUUCUUGGAGGAUCUCUGCUAUGGUUUGGAUAAAUCUCAAUUGUAUCUCGAGAACCUCGUUGACGAUGUCGCGAAAGGAUUACCGGAAGAAGUUACUAUUGAACAACUAUACGUCUUUAUGGCCGAAGUAGUAGCCAGUAGAGUCAUAUAUCACCCUGAUUACGCGCUUCUUGCUGGAAGAAUCGAAGUAAAGAAACUUCACAGAAAGAUUACUUAUAGUUUUUCGGAGAAUGUUGAACGAUUAAAACAAUACAAGCCGAAUCGACUUAAAUUAAAUGACUAUUCCCUUCUUUCAGAUCAGUUUUAUGAAGUGGUGACAAAGAACGCAUCAUUCUUGAACAAUUUGAUUGAUAAAUCUCGCGACUUUGAAUUAACAUAUUUUGGAAUCAAGACAUUAGAGAAUUCCUAUUUAUUAAGAAUGAAUGACGAAAUCUCGGAAACCCCACAAUUUAUGUUUUUGAGAGUUGCAAUAGGGAUCCAUUUUGAUAAUUUAGAUGCAGUAAUGGAAACAUAUGACUUGAUGUCACAAAAAUACUUCAUUCAUGCUUCACCAACAUUAUAUAACUCCGGAAGUAGUUUUAAUUACCUAUCAUCAUGUUUCUUACUUGGUAUGAAGGACGAUUCCAUUGACGGGAUAUAUAAAACCUUACAUGAGACUGCCUUAAUUUCUAAAGCAUCAGGUGGGAUCGGAUUUCAUGUGCAUAACAUUCGUUCCAGUGGAUCAUUUAUUGCGAGCACCAAUGGUACUUCUAAUGGAUUAGUUCCUAUGUUGAGAGUGUUUAACAACACCGCAAGAUAUGUUGACCAAGGAGGUGGAAAGCGUCCUGGAGCUUUUGCUGUAUAUAUAGAACCUUGGCAUGGAGAUAUUUUUGAUGUUUUGGAAAUGAGGAAGAAUCAUGGUAAUGAAGAACAUAGAACUAGAGAUUUGUUUUAUGGAUUAUGGAUCCCGGAUUUAUUUAUGAAGAGAGUUAAGGAGGAUAAAGAAUGGUCAUUAUUUUCUCCGAAUGUUGCGACAGGGUUGAGCGAUUGUUAUGGUGAUGAAUUUGUUGAAUUAUAUGAGAGAUAUGAAAGGGAGGGAUUGGCCGUAGAAACUGUGAAAGCACAUAAAUUAUGGAUGGCUAUUUUGGAAUCUCAAAUAGAAACGGGAGGACCUUAUAUGCUAUAUAAGGAUGCUUGCAAUUUCAAAUCUAAUCAAAAGAAUUUGGGAACAAUAAAGUCUUCCAAUUUGUGUUGUGAGAUUAUUGAAUAUUCUUCCCCAGAAGAAACAGCAUGUUGUAACCUAGGUUCAUUGGCAUUACCAAGGUUUUUGAAAACUGUUCUUAUUAGAGAUGAAGAAGUGCUAGAAAUUGAUUUUGCAAAACUUCAUUCUGUAACCAAAGUUCUUAUAAAAAAUUUGAAUAAAGUUAUAGAUGUUACCAAAUAUCCAAUAGAAGCUGCAGAACGAUCAAAUAAGAGACAUAGACCUUUGGCUUUGGGAGUGCAAGGAUUAGCUGACUUAUUCCUUGAGCUUAGAUUACCAUUUGAUUCGCCCGAAGCAAGGACUUUGAAUAUUCAAGUCUUUGAAACUAUCUAUCACGCUGCAUUAGAAGCCUCAAUUGAAUUGUCAAUUGUCGAAGGUCCAUAUGCGUCAUUUGAAGGAUCGCCUGCCUCAAAGGGGAUUUUGCAGUAUGAUUUAUGGGAUCACAAACCAUCGGAGUUGUAUGAUGAUUGGGAUUCAUUGAAAGAGAAUAUUAAAAGCUUUGGAUUGAGGAAUUCUUUAUUAGUUGCACCCAUGCCUACUGCAUCAACAUCACAGAUCUUAGGAUUUAAUGAAUGCUUUGAACCAUAUACGUCGAAUAUAUACAAUCGACGUGUACUUGCUGGUGAAUAUCAGGUUGUUAACAAAUACUUGAUUAAAGAUUUGAUAGAUUUAGGAUUAUGGAAUUCGGCAACUCGAAAUAAGAUUAUCAUGGAUAAUGGGUCUAUUCAAGAUAUUCCUGGUAUACCCGAUGAGAUCAAAAAAUUGUAUAGAACGGUGUGGGAGAUUAGUCAGAAAGGUAUAAUUGAUAUGGCAGCUGAUCGUGGUAAGUUUAUUGAUCAGCUGCAAAGUAUGAAUGUUCACUUGAAAGAUCCAACAUAUGGAAAAUUGACAAGUUGUCAUUUUUAUGCCUGGGAAAAGGGAUUGAAAACUGGUAUGUACUAUUUAAGAACACAAAGUGCAUCAAAGGCAAUCCAAUUUACUGUUGAUUUAGAAGAAGCUAAAAAGGUUAAAAAUAAUGCAAUAGCGGAUUCAAGUAAACUUAAGCGUAAGAGAUAUGUCGAAGUUGAUCAUGUUAGUGUCAAACGUAAAUUUAUUGCUGACGCAGUGAAGGCAAAUCAAGAUCUAUCUAUUUACGGAACCCCAGAAUCGGAGCCUAGUGAAUCCCAAUAUAGUAUUUAUGACAGCACCCCAUUGUCAUGUAAUAUCGAUGAUCCAGAUAGUUGUCAAUCAUGUUCUGGCUAG